AGUAACUUCCAGUUCUUCUCACUUUCCCUUCCGGGUCGGGACCCCGCUGAUAUCCGGUCUUGGCACCUGGUCUUGAUAUCCGGUCUUGCGUACUAGGUCCCGAGCGCAGCCCCGCAGCCCCGCCGCUCCACCGUUGCUAUGGUAGCCGGUGGCUGACGGAGCAGUGAGGGUGGUGUUGCGUGGUCUCGCUGCGACCGCGCGGCUCCAGGCCAGCGGGAACACAGAAUGGGCUGAGGCGGCGAGGCGAGGCGAGGCGAGGCGAGGGGCGCAACGCCGAAGUAGAAGCCAGGCUUGGAAAUGGAGAUGUAUGAAACUCUUGGAAAAGUGGGAGAGGGAAGUUAUGGUACAGUCAUGAAAUGUAAACGUAAGGAUAUGGGGCAGAUAGUGGCCAUUAAGAUAUUCUAUGAGAAGCCGGAAAAAUCUGUCAACAAAAUUGCAACGAGAGAAAUAAUGUUUCUAAAGCAAUUUCAUCAUGAAAACCUGGUCACUCUCAUUGAAGUUUUUAAACAGAAAAAGAAAAUUCAUUUGGUAUUUGAAUUUAUUGACCACACAGUAUUAGAUGAGUUACAACACUAUUGUCAUGGAGUAGAGAGUAAACGACUUAGAAAAUACCUCUUCCAGAUCCUUCAAGCAAUUGAAUAUCUUCACAGUAAUAACAUUAUUCAUCGAGAUAUAAAACCUGAGAAUAUUUUAGUGUCCCAGUCAGGAAUUGCCAAGCUCUGUGAUUUUGGUUUUGCACGAACGCUAGCAGCUCCCGGCGACAUUUAUACAGAUUAUGUGGCCACACGCUGGUAUAGAGGUGCAGAACUAGUAUUAAAAGAUACUUCUUAUGGAAAACCUGUGGAUAUCUGGGCUUUGGGCUGUAUGAUCAUUGAGAUGGCCACUGGGAGUCCCCAUCUUCCUAGUAGUUCUGAUUUGGACUUACUCCAUAAAAUUGUUUUAAAAGUAGGUAGAUUCUUACCAGAAUUAAAAGCUAAAUUACUGCAAGAAGCAAAAGUCAAUUCCUUCAUAAAGUCAAAAGAGAAUUAUAAGGAAAAUGAACUAAUAAAAGAUGAAAGAAAAACAAUUUUUACCAAUACACUGCUAAGUACUUCAGUUUUGGGAAAGGAAACAGAAAAAGAGUAAAAACCUAAGGAGAUCAAAGUCACAGUUAUUAAAGUCGGAGGAGGAAAAAGAGAUACCUCAGAACUGAAAAAGACGGAGUAUGAAGGUAGACACUGUCAUCAGGAUGCCUUUGAAAAUGUUCAUGCUUUGUCUCAAGAUACAAAACCUACAGUCUCUGAUCCACCAAACCCUGCCAAUCCCAUCACUAACUCUAAUGAUGUAAAGGAAGAGCCCCAUGCUGAAGGUUAUAUGAUAAUGCCACCCAUCAGUCUUACUAACACUAAUUUGAUGGCUGCAAAUCCCAAUUCAAAUCUCUUCCACCCCAAUCCAAGAUUAACUGAAAGAGCGAAAAAGAGACGCACUGCUUCACAAUCUAUCAGACAAGCUUUGUCUAAAAGCAGGCAAGAAGACAUAGGUCCUACGCAAAGCCAGAUGGAGAAGGGUAUCUUUAAUGAGUGCACAGGAAAAAGUGACCAAAGGGCAAGUGGGUACAAAAGGAAGCUGAACUUUUCCAGAUUUGACAGGAAAGAAUUCCAUUUCCCUGAAUUGCCUUUCACAGUACAGUCAAAGGACAUAAAAGGAAUGGAAGUUAAACUGAUGAAAGUGCUGAAGAGGGAAUCAAAGAAAACAGAUUCAUCUAAAAUACCAACUUUACUUAAUAUGGAUGAAAAUCAGGAAAAACAAGAGUUUAUUGCCAUCUAUCACUGCAUCCACCUGCUGUCCCAUUUUUAGAAAUAUUUGCUCUCCGUUAGCUAUCAGGUAAUCUUGUUGAAAUACCCCUAACUUCUACAUACCCAGAGGGAUUCUUGAAUUUUAUUUUGAAAUCUUGAAGCCUUCAACGGACAAAUGAAUAUUCACUAAAGCCAAAGAUUCACCAUAUCCUCAAUUAAGGUCCUGUUUCUAUUAUGUCUCUAUAAUGAAGGGAAGAACCUCUCAGAUGUAGAGUAGAAAAUAUAGCAGCUAAAAAUUCAAGGAAUCCCAGAAUCACGAGAUGACUGAGUGGGUAACAACACACCCUGUCCCAUGCCAGACCCUGUACUUCAAGUGCUUUCUGCCCUCUGAGAGUCAUAGAACUUCAGAAGUCAAUUCUCUUCUAGAGUGCCCAGGCUUCCUAAAUACCAGGGCUCUAACUCAGGACCUUGCGGGUGCGAGGCCGGUGCGGUGCCACUGAGCUAAGUCCCCGGCUGGAGGCUUUUUCCUAAUAUGAGCAUUUAAAGCUUUAAGUUUCCCUCUGAUCCAUCCCACAAAUUUAAAUAUAAUUAUCACGUCAAUCAUUAAUUCUCCUUUCGAUUUCCUCUUUGACCCAUUUAUUUAGAAGUCUCUUGUUUAAUUACCAACUAUCUAUUUGGGACUGUUCCAAAUAACUUUCUGAUACUGGUUAUUAAUUUAAUUCCAAUGUGGUCUGAAAAUAUAUUCAAUAUUUUAUCAAACUCUAAAUUCAUUGAGACUUGUCUUGUAUCCCAGCACACACUGUACCUUAGUAAAUAUUUGCACUUGAAAAGAAUGUGUAUUUGCUAAAAUUGGGUGUAGUGCUCUGUAAAUGGCAAUUAGAUUAAGUUGGUUGAUAGACAAUUUAGGUCUCAUAUCUUUACUGAGCUUUAGUCUAUUUGUUUCGUCAAUAUUGAAUCUUCAGCUAUAAUUGUAAAUUUAUCUGUUUCUCCUUUCAGUUUGAUCUGUAGUUGCUUUAUGUGUUCUGAUGCUGUUAUUAUGUAUACAUAUAUUUGGGAUUAUUAUAUUUCUGAUGAAAUUGACCUUUAUCUGCUAUCUAUUGUCCAACACUUUUUAAAAUAUUUUGUCCAGUUUUAUUACUGUUUGAGGCUAGGGCAAAUAUCCUUUACCCCAUCAUGGUUGAAGCUAGAAAUUCAGCUAAAGAGCUUUUGAAAAGAGUUAGUCACUGUUGUGAAUAGUGGAGACAUGGAGAAUAACACACUGACAUUUAGCCUAGGAAUUUUGGAAGAACUUUUAGAGUAAUCACCAAAAUUAUAGCCCUAUUUUCUAUAAAUUGCUCCUGGAUUAUUAUUUGAUGUUUUAGUUUAUGUCAUAGUUACUUUUCUUGUUGCUGAGAGAAAGUACCCGACACCCAAAGUUAAAGGAGAAAAGG